GGCGUACAAGUAAAGCGUUCAACAGUCAGCUACAUACACAUUUGUAAUGGUAAAAAAGAAAAGGAAAAUGUCAAAUUCCUCAAUACGCCUGAAGCUGCUGAUAGACACCCGAGCCAAAAGGGUUCUGUUUGCGGAGGCCGACAAAGACUGCGUGGAUUUCCUCUUCUACAUUCUCUCUCUGCCGGUGGCUAAGUUGAUCGAUCUAGUCGGAAAACAAGGAAUGGUGGGGUCGUUAGCCAACUUGUACGAGAGCAUUGAAAACCUCAACGACUCCUACGUUCAACCCAACCAGGCAAAAGACACGCUCCUCAAACCGUCCUACACAGCUUCCUCAGCUGUUCCUCUAUUGGCCCUCGAGGACUCGUCCUCAGGUGCUGGUCGGAAAACGUUCUACAAGUGCAGCUGUAAUAACUUUUAUUUUAGUGAUAGCCAAGAUGCCACAUGUCCAACUUGUCGUCAGAAAAUGACGAGAGAGUUGCAGUAUGUGGGCCCACCAGUUGUGCAAAGCGUGUCGUCUGGUGCGGAAGGCGGGUUUGUGAAGGGUGUGGUGACGUAUAUGGUGAUGGAUGAUUUGGCAGUGUCUCCUAUGUCGACAAUUUCUAGUAUUACUCUACUUAAUAAGUUUAAUAUCAAGGAAGUUGGUGCUUUGAAGGAGAAGGUCGUGAAUUUCGGGAUGACUGAGUUUUGUGGCGGUGAAGUUGUUGAAGGCUUCUUUGGAGACCAAGAAUGUGCUUACCCGUGUUUUCUUCAGCCGAACAGCAUGAGUGUGGUCGAGGCUUCUUUGUAUCUAAUCAAUAUUUUUUGUUGACGUUGGGGCUUUUGCACUGUAUUUAUCAGCUUCCCCAGACUUCCUGGCUUAAAUAUGCUCGCACAUCCUUUUGUAACUAUACUAUGUUUAAGUAGUGCGUUGCUAUGUAAUGUAGUUUACCCGUUUGAAAUUUGCGACUUUUGUCUGCUCUGUUUAUAAUGGUUUUGUCUUCCUGAUGCCCACCAAUGGAAUGAAAGGGAAU